GAUGCCAGUCUGUAAUACACUCAUUUCCUCUCUCUUUAUUUAUUUAUUUAUUUAUAUAUAUCCAUCAAUGAAUCAUCAUAUCAUGAUAAUAACUACAAAUUAGGAGUAUUUCAUACCCUUGGAUGAUCUUCAAUCAUGAGUCUUUUUGGACUAACUAACAGAAACCACAAGACUUUUCGUCCUAAAAAGAGUGCUCAAUCAGGAAGUAAGGGUGCACAACUUAAGAAACAUAUUGAUGCUACUUUAGGUAGUGGGAAUUUGAGGGAAGCAGUACGCCUACCGCCUGGAGAAGAUCUUCACGAGUGGCUUGCUGUAAAUACUGUUGACUUUUUCAACCAAGUAAAUAUCUUGUAUGGAACUCUCACGGAAUUCUGCACCCCAUCGAGCUGCCCGACAAUGUCUGCAGGGCCAAAGUACGAGUAUCGUUGGGCCGACGGAGUUAGUAUAAAGAAACCCAUAGAAGUUUCUGCACCAAAAUAUGUGGAUUAUUUGAUGGGUUGGAUAGAAACUCAGCUAGAUGACGAAUCAAUUUUUCCCCAAAAUUUGGGUGCGCCAUUUCCGUCUAACUUCCAGGAUGUUGUGAAGACAAUAUUUAAGCGAUUAUUUCGUGUAUAUGCUCAUAUCUAUCAUUCACAUUUCCAAAAGAUUAUCAGUCUAAAAGAAGAAGCUCAUAUGAAUACUUGCUUUAAGCACUUUGUUUUGUUCACAUGGGAGUUUCGCUUAAUUGACAAGGCAGAGCUUGCACCUCUCUAUGAGCUCGUUGAGUCUAUUCUGCAGCGUUAGUGAUGUUGUAAUUCAAUUCAUUUUCUACAAUUAUUCUUCUUUCUUUCAUCAUUCAUUGAUUAGUUUGUGUGAGGAGAAGAUGGUUUUGAUAAUGGACAGGGAAAGCCCAAAAAGUGUGGGAACUUGUCCGACCCUUGGAGAAUUUACCCAUUUAUAUGAACUUCCAUGAUUUUUUAUUAUUGAAUUGUACUACCUUGUGCUAGCAUUCUCUGUAAUUGAAGAAACUUCUUUACAAGUUUGCCUCCUUUAGUGUGUGUUACUGUAAAGAAAAUGUCAGACUAUAUUUGAGGAAAAGUAAUGGUAGUUAUAUUUGGAA